AUGCCUUUUCCAACGGGGCAUAUCCCUCGCAAGGAGGGGGUACCUUUUCAAUCCAACCUCACAAGUACGUUUACCAGCGCAACUAUCGCACAACAUCUCAGCCCGCGCCUCCUUUACGACUACGACCUAAACAAGCAUGUAUCUAACUUUCGUUGCACCUUCAGAUUCCAACCGCGAUCACAGCCUGCGCUCAGACGGCGGAGAACGCUGAUACAGCGCUUGCUGCUUAUCGGUUCGCUGUUCUUUACAGCCCUAUUCUUCUUCUUCCCCGACCUGCGACCGAACCUGGGCUCCGGGCCCCUCAGCUUGAUCACCUCGAACGACGACGCGCAACUCGAGACUGUACGAUACUACGAUUUGAACAACGUGCAAGGAACGGCGAGGGGAUGGGAAAGGGAAGAGCGCAUUCUGUUAUGUGCUCCGUUGCGAGACGCGGCUCCGCAUUUGCCCAUGUUCUUUGGUCAUUUGCAGAACCUGACAUAUCCCCACAACCUCAUCGACUUGGCUUUUCUUGUCGGAGAUUCCAAGGAUAACACCAUCUCACUCUUGACGGAGAAGUUGGAGGAGUUACAGGCCAACCCCGACCCUAAGCAGCAAUUUGGUGAGAUCUCGAUCAUGGAGAAGGACUUUGGACAAAAGGUCAACCAAGAUGUUGAGAGUCGACACGGUUUUGCCGCACAGGCUGGCCGCCGAAAGUCAAUGGCGCAAGCGCGAAACUGGUUGUUGAGCGCUGCUCUAAGACCAACACACAGCUGGGUAUACUGGAGAGAUGUGGAUGUGGAGACUGCUCCAUUCACUAUUUUGGAGGAUCUGAUGCGACACAACAAGGACGUUAUCGUACCUAAUGUCUGGCGACCCCUGCCUGACUGGCUUGGUGGAGAACAGCCAUACGACCUGAACUCCUGGCAAGAAUCUGAGACCGCUCUCGCUCUCGCCGACACACUCGAUGAGGAUGCAGUCAUUGUGGAGGGUUACGCAGAGUACGCUACUUGGCGCCCGCAUUUGGCCUACCUUCGCGAUCCCUACGGUGACCCAGACAUGGAGAUGGAGAUCGACGGUGUUGGUGGUGUCAGUAUUUUAGCCAAAGCCAAGGUCUUCCGUUCUGGUGUCCACUUCCCUGCAUUCAGUUUUGAGAAGCACGCUGAGACAGAGGGAUUCGGCAAGAUGGCCAAGCGCAUGAAGUUCUCCGUUGUCGGCCUACCCCACUACACUAUCUGGCAUCUUUACGAGCCAAGUGUUGACGAUAUUCGACACAUGAAGGAAAUGGAGAAGGAACGCAAAGCGAAGGAAGCCGAAGAAGAGGCGAAGAAGGCAAAGGAGGCCAAGAUCAAGGAUAACUUCGACGAGAAGAAGAGUGAUUGGGAGAAGGAGAAGGCAGCCGUCCAAGAUAUGGUUCAGCAAGCAAAGAACGAAGAGAAGGCAGCAGAUGAGAAGAAGAGGCAACAAGAAGCAGCAGCGAAAGAGGAGUCGAAGAAGGCAGAGAGCAAAGAAGAGAAGCCAGUUGAGAAGAAGGAGGGCGAUCAACCAUAG